CUUCCUGCCUGAAAUCCUGGCUUAGCAGCACUUGAAAAAUUAAGAAGGCUGCACGACCCCGACUUUCCAGGAAUUCAAACCGCAAUGGCAGUCCGGUACCACGGUGACGAGAGGUUACACCUCUGUAAAGCAGGGACCAGCCAGGGGCCUGAAAACGAAGACUGUGGAAAUUCUCAGCUGAGAAUUAUCUUACUGGGCAAAACUGGAGUAGGAAAAAGUGCAACAGGCAAUAGCAUCCUAGGAGAGAAAGCCUUUCUUUCUGGCGUUGCAGCGAGGUCCAUUACCAAGGUCUGUCAGAGAGGGAGCACCACAUGGAAUGAAAGAAAAAUUGUUGUCAUCGACACACCUGGUGUUUUUGACACCGAGACCCCGGAUGAGGACACGCAGAAGGAGAUCGCCAACUGUAUCCUCCUGACCUCCCCAGGGCCUCAUGCUCUGGUCCUCGUCGUCCCGAUUGGCCGUUACACUGAUGAAGAGAGCAAAGCCACAGAGAAGAUCCUGAGUAUGUUUGGACCCAAUGCCAGAAGAUUCAUGAUGCUUGUACUCACUAGGAAAGAUGAUUUGGAGGACACAGACCUCUGCGAUUACUUAAGGCAUGUCCCAGACCGCAUGCAAGAACUGAUAGGCAAGUUUGGCGAUCGCUACUGUGCACUCAACAACAGGGCGACAGGUGCUGAGCAGGACGCCCAGAGAAACCAGCUGCUGAGCCUGGUCCAGCGCAUCGUGGGGGAAAAUGGCGGGGAGUACUACAGCAAUGGGUGGUACUACAAGGCUGAGGAACAGAUUCAGGAACAAAUCCAGCUGGUACAGGAGAAUUACAGAGCACAGCUGGAGAGGGAGAAAGCUCAGCUAAGAGAGGAGUAUGAAGAGAAGAUCAGAGAGAUGAAAGAUGAGCUAGAACAGGAAAGGAGAAAGGCGGAAAUGGAGAAGGAAAUAAUGAAAAGGGAGAUUUUUUAUGCCCAGAGGCAGCAAGAUGCCAGAGUGGAAGUUGAGAACCAGCCUUCCAUACUUCAAUUAAUUAUGAAAACAUGGGACGUUGUUUUCUUUUUCUUUUCUCUGUUUAAAGAUUAGACUUAAUGAAAAUCUGUCUGUUUUCUGCCUGUUCUUGAAUGAAUCUGCCUGGUAGGGCUAAUUCACCAAAGCUCAAGUUAGUUUCUGAGGCUUUUAUGACUAAAUAGUGCAGUGAGUGAUACUGUUGGCCGGUAGUAGAUGCUUGACUGAUUGAGCAGGAGAACACAUCCUAAGCUGGUAAGAUUUCAAAGCAGAAAGUAUUAGUGCUUGCUCACUGUGAGCUCUUCUUGAGAGACACAGAGAAAGGAAUGCAGGAAGCCAAAGAGCAGGACCCUAAGCUGUAUUAGAAGUUUCCGCAAAAGUUCUUCUCUACAUUAUUUCUAGGUUGGCAGAUACUAUCUGCUUGUUACUUCUGCUUGCAUGUCCUUGCCUUUAACAUAAUAGCAAGCAUCUUCACCCGGAUAGUUUGUUAGAAAGCUCAACUCUUUCUUUGCAUGAGGUAAUCUUGUAGACGUGCAAACAUGAUUGUAGAAUUCCUUUGCAUUUGUUUGCUUACAUUUUCACAGAAGGACUGAGGUUAUUUCUUAUGUUCUCUGCUCCCUGAAGAAUAAGCACAUCUGGAGAAUAUAUCUCCCAGAACUCAACCUAGUAGUGAUUCUCCAAAGCCAGAAGGAACAAGAGCAGUUUCACAAAUGAGAGACAAAUGCGUAGUAUAUUCAGGUGUGAUCCAUCUCAGUGAACCAAUUUGAUUAAUAAGAAAUUCUUUCCUUUUUGUGAGAAAUAAACUAUUGCCACCUCACUCCUAUCACCCCACAACUUCAAUGUUUAACAACAUUCACGUGCUUUUGCCCCCAAGCCAAUAAAUUCUUUGUUGUUAUUAAAGUAAAACUUUUCCGUUUGCUCAUAUUUGUACAGAAUGAGAUCAUUUUUUUGUCUUGGAAGAUAUUACUGGUACUUCUAAACUUCAGAGAUGAAUAUCACUUUUGGGUAAAAGUCUGAGAUAAUUUUGGAGCUAGACUUGGUCUUCUAGAAAUGGUUCCUCUUCUCCUGUCUCUGAAGAUUUGAACUGUGUUCUCAACUUGCCCACAGGCCAAAAUCAUAGUUUUCUUUGUUCUUCACGGUGUGCUGAAGGAAUUUGUGUGUGACCAAGAAAUCUGAGACCCGUGCACAUUUCCUCACAUAAAAAUCUCCUUUUAUACAGAGAUAAUGAGAGAUAACUCUUCUGUUGGGCUUCCUUCAUCUAGAAAUUUCUAGAACUCUCAAAAUCAUUUUCCCAUCCUCUACCAACAUAUUGUAGUGGUUUCAAGUCCAAUUCUCUUUGCUUUGCCAUUUUGAAAGUGCCUAUUCACGACUUUAUCCACCUCCCAAAUAGGGCUUGCGUCUCUCCAUAGUUUCCCCUCAGCACAAGCGAGUUUGACCUGCACAUUUAACCAACGUAACAAAGGUGCUACGGCAGUGGCUAGAGAAGGCCACAGUAGAUUCCUUCAGAAAUGGUCGCUUAAAGGUAUAUAUCUUGUGUCUCACUCUUAAAAAUGUAGGCAUCUUUUGAGUCUUUU